GCGAAGAUAGUUGCACAACACUUCUGGAAUGUUUGCAGUUAAAUUUUACGGCUGAGGACUCAUAUUUCGAUUUGCUGAGAAAAGUAGUUAUGUGGUCGCAGGAAAAGGAUUUUUUGCGCAUGAAGGAAUUAUUCGAUAAGAAUGAGUUCGAAGUAAGUCCAGCUGUUGUCAAUGCAUUCUAUUCACCGGAAAAGAAUGCCUUGACAUUCCCUGCAGGAAUUCUCAAGCCGCCAUUCUUUAGUGGUUCAUAUCUAAAAAUGGUAAAUUACGGUGCAAUAGGUGCAGUAAUAGGACAUGAAAUUACGCAUGGAUUCGAUGAUCAAGGAAGUCAGUAUGAUAAACAAGGUAAUUUAUUAAAUUGGUGGAAUGCGGAUUCAUACAAUGGAUUCGCUAAACGGAAGGAAUGUAUAAUUAAUCAGUACAGUUCAUAUGUGGUACCAAACACGGAUUAUAAGGUUAAUGGUAAACUUACGCAAGGUGAAAAUAUAGCUGACAAUGGUGGCGUUAAAGAAGCUUACAGGGUACGUCUUAGACAUUCAUAA